CAACACAAGUUUUUUCCACCCAGGAGGAGUUGGGGCACUGCUGCUUAUCGUGUUUCUCCGUGGUUAAUUAUCAAGUUUUAAUUAAAAUUCUGCAAAAGUGAUACUGAAAGUUUUCAGCACAACAUUCCAGCACCAGCUCCAUCUUUUAUCUCAUCCAGCUGUUUAUCUUCCAUUCCUGAACAGGACGAGAGAAAAAAGACCGUUCGACCGUACACUUUGCACUAAAAACGUUCAAUGUGAAAGCAUGUCCUCGUCACCAUCCAGCCUGGAGGACGGCGUCCGAUUGCUCGGCACGGUGGAACGAUGUGACUGCUCCCGGAAGGUGGUUGCGGUCGGCACAGGGUCGGGGGGCACGGGGACCGCCGGAUCGAGCAAGAUGAUCGAGAUGCAGCCGGCGGAGCUGUCGGAGACGGAGGACAACUCGUACAUGUACUUCCGGCAGGAGGGUCUGUUUGCCAACAGCUUCCCAAAGAUGAAGGAAAUCCGCCGCAUGGGGAAGCUGUGCGAUGUGACGCUGAAGGUUGAUUCACACUCCUUUUCGGCACACCGGAUCGUGCUGGCCGCAACCAUCCCGUACUUUUACGCCAUGUUCACCCACAACAUGGCGGAGAGCAGAAUCAAGGAAAUCACCAUGAAGGAGAUCGAACCAAUGGCACUGGAAAGUUUGAUAAACUUUGCGUACAGUGGUCUAGUCAAAAUCGAUACCCAAAACGUGCAGAGUCUGAUGGUUGGGGCGUCUUUCCUGCAGCUGAACGAGGUGCGCGAUGCCUGCGCCAAGUUUCUCAAGCGCAAAUUCCAUCCGCAGAACGUGCUCGGCAUUCGGCAGUUUGCCGACACGCUCGGCUGCUCCAAACUGAUCGUGUCCGCCGACCGGUACAUCCACCAGCACUUCUCAAAAGUGGCCGCUGGGGAUGAGUUUGUGGCGCUCAGCUACAGCGAGCUGAUCGAUGUGAUCGGCCGCGACGAGCUGAACGUCAAGAGCGAAGAGUGCAUUUUCGAGGCGUGCAUGCGCUGGGUAAAGCACGAGCAGGAAACCCGCUCCGAGUAUUUGCCGCUCAUACUGGCCAACAUACGGCUGCCGCUGCUGUCGCCCCAGUUCCUCGCGGACAGUGUGGCGACGGAGGAGCUGAUCAAGACGUCCCACAAGUGUCGCGAUCUGCUGGACGAAGCGCGCGACUUUCAUCUGAUGCCGGAGCGCCGUGCGCUCGUAUCGACCACGCGCACCCGGCCGCGCUGUUUCGACUUUGUCGUGGGCCUCAUCUUUGCCGUUGGUGGGCUGACGAAGAACGGGGAGUCGGUCAGCACGGUGGAGAUUUACAAUCCGGCCACGAAGGAGUGGAGCAUGGGCGAGGCGAUGACGAUGCUGCGGUCGCGCGUUGGCGUUGCCGUCACGAACGGGAAGCUGUACGCGUUCGGUGGAUUCAACGGUACGGAGCGGCUGUCGACGGUGGAGAUUUACGAUCCGCGCAAGCACCGCUGGUCCCAGGGGACGGCAAUGCGCUGCAAGCGCAGCGCGGUUGGGGUGGCCGCCCUGGAGGAUUACGUGUACGUGUGCGGCGGGUACGACGGUGUGACGAGCCUCAGCACGGUUGAGCGGUACUGCCCGAAGACGGAUGGGUGGAGUACGGUGGCACCGAUGAUGAAGUACCGGUCGGCGGGUGGUGUGGCCGCCCUGGGUGGGUACGUGUAUGCGCUCGGUGGGCACGAUGGGUUGUCGAUCUUCGACACGGUCGAGCGGUACGACCCGUUCAGUGACACCUGGACGAAGGUGGUUUCGAUGCUGAACCGUCGCUGCCGGCUCGGGGUGGCCACACUCGGCAAUAAGCUGUACGCUUGCGGCGGGUACGAUGGUAACUCGUUCCUGCGGUCGGUGGAAGUGUACGAUCCGGUCAAGAACAGCUGGUCACUGAUCGCACCGAUGAACGUGAAGCGAAGUCGGGUGGCACUCGCAGCGAACAUGGGCAAACUGUGGGCGAUCGGUGGGUACGAUGGGGAAUCGAACCUGUCCACGGUGGAGGUGUACGAUCCGAAGACGAACACGUGGACGUUUGUCGCGCCGAUGAAGCACCAUGGCGGUGGGGUCGGUUGUGGCGUCAUACCGACACCGUUUCAGGAUUAAAGAUUUAAAGGGGGCGCAUCCCUUCUUCACACUGGCAAUUGCACUGACGCUAAAUCCUUGUACCUACAAGGGGAAGGUCCCAAGCUACCUCUUCCAUCUACCCGACCCAACCCGGGGUCGGGUUCAUCCCUCUGCCUCCCAAUCCCAGGCCCCAAGAUUUCAUCACGCGUGUUAAAUUGAAAUUAGGAUCUCGUUAUUCGUAAAAUUGUUCAUCGUAGGCAAAUCCACAGUACGGGGAGAGGGGAAAAUAGGCACAAUGUCUAGCUUAAAAUACUAAUAAUAAUAAUAAUAAUACUGUACAAUAUAUACAGUCUAAAUACAGCGCGUUUCGUUCGGUGGCGCAUGCCGCAUCACACGGUAGAAGACGAUCGAAGAUGAUCAUAUUAAUGCAUCAAUACAUUAACUAUUAACUGCAAGCAAAAUAGCUCAAGCUCGUCACCAAGAUAUAUAUAUGUUAGCCAAAUGCACACACACACACACAAGGAGCCCUUCUUGUUGCAAACUACCUUCUCUUUCUAUUGCACUUCCAUCGCUCUCUUAAUUGUUAACUAAUCGCAAUGCUCGUUUGUUGUUUGCUGGACCAGCUCUUCCGCAGAUCAGGGAUUACGCGAUCACGGAUUUAAAUUGUAUUAUCACCCCGCUGCGUGUGUGUGAAUGUGCAAAUUGUCUAUCCGUGUAAUUGUUCGUUUUAAUUGAAUGAAAAGCAAAUAAAUAGAUUGCAUCCAAGUCAA